GCCAGCAUUCCUUCGAUGAGUUGGGACGAAAUUGCAGAAAAGGAUCGUACAUCUGCGGGAAAGGCAGAGACCAGUCGUGUGGUCUCUGCAGAAAAAUAGUUUGAAUACGUGUUAUCGUCAGGAUUUUCGUGACUAUCGUGUGAUUAGUGUUAUAGGAUAGGCACAAGUGACGAAAUUGGUUGAAGAUUUUUAUCACAGAUUAACUUCGAACAUCACUGAGGAUAGAAAAAUGUCGAAAAGUUUGGCGAACUCGCAAUUCGCAUUCGAUUACGACGCGCUGCUCUGCUGAUGGAUCCGCGGAAUGAAGACGUGUGGUAGUGUGUAGCGUGGUGGAAUGUGUGAGUGUCAAUGUGUCGGCUGGUGGGGCAGAGAAAAGCUUUUGUGUGCAGCCCGUGAAAAUUUUCUCGGUUUUUCACCAACAUACUGGAAGCGGAAUCCAAAUGUGUGUCCCGAUAAAUUGGCUUUUUUGGCAGGAAAAAUUUGAAAAGUGUACAAAUUUUACCGAAACAUUCCGGAUUAACGUGUGCUGUAUCUUUUGCGAAUGAAAAAAGUGAAAUUCGGCAGCAGGAAAAUUGUUAAAAGCUCGAAGAAGGUCGAUCUUCAAGUGUCGACGAAGAAAAAAGAUGGAGAGUAGAGGAAAGAAUCAAUCUGCAUGUGUUUUUUUUUCGUUGAAAAAUGAAUAAAAUAAUGGUGAAAAAUAUACAAUUGGUUCAGGUUGCCGUUCAGCGUACAUAUUUAAGCAUGGAAGAUGCGUUUGACAACCUUAUCGGAAUUGAAUCAUGAAUCAAAAACCAGCUGUGAAAUGGAACUGAUAUCGAAGCUUUAUCCACCAUAGCAUACAAUGGCCACCUUACUGGUGUUACCAGUAUGCUGUUGCACCGCUGUGCCAGUGACGAGGAGAAUACAUAAAUGAGGAAGUACAAUCGAAUGCACCUAUUCGGGGAAACAGUAAAAAUGUUCACUAAAACCAACCGCGAUAUUCGUUUCUCAAGUGUAGCUAACGGUGAAGACAAUGACAACGCUAGCAGCGAAUACCAAUUUUCAAAAUGUGAAACAAAACUGAAAAAAUACAAAGUGACAUACUCCGAUGAAUUCCCAUCGGUGGUAAGCGAGAUCAAUGACGGUAGGAACAGAGUGAACAAUAGCGCAAACAACCGUAGAUAUUUCCUAUAACGAUAGUUUUCUGAACCGGAAAUAGGCGUAGUCGCAUUUAGUGUGUACAUAGUGCGAAACUGAGAGGAUCUGGUCGAGAUAGUACCAGCCGAGCAUUUGCGGAAUAAUAACGAAAUAGAUCAUAAGUAAUAGUUAAAAAAUAGUGCUUCAUUAAUGUUUUGCGAAGUAGUCCAUACCCAACAGCGCAUAGUGAGAGCUAGGUGAUAAUUUAAUUGACAACACAAACCAGCUGAUUUAAACUUACACAGUGAUAACUACGAAUAAGAUACCCAAACUGUGAAAUACGCUAGAUAUCGUAUUUCGGUUCAACAACUAGGACAUUACCAAAAUGGCCGAUAUGCCUGAUUUAUCUCAUCUGACACAGGAGGAACGAGCGAUAAUCGAAAAUGUUAUGCUCCGGCAGCGACAGGAGGAGGAGCGGGAGAACGAGAUCAUGCGGAGGAAACAAGACGAGGUGGCGACGCUCGUUGACUCGAUUAGACAGAAAUCUGAGCAGCAGAAGAAGGCAGGCGUCGAGCUGGAAGCGACCUGUCAUAUUUGCCUCAAAACAAAGUUUGCGGAUGGCAUCGGGCACAUCUGCAAUUAUUGCAACAUACGUUGCUGUGCCAAAUGUGGAGGCAAAGUCACGCUGCGCAACAACAAGGUGAUAUGGGUGUGUAUUGUGUGCCGAAAGAAGCAGGAAUUGUUGUCCAAAACCGGCCAAUGGAUAAACAAGAGCACCAGCCCAGAUGGCGUUGCUCGUCGGAUCGAGGGAGACCCAAGGAGUCUUUCCCAUACAACGCUGGAUCCGCACGACCCAUCGGACAAACGACCAAAACUAGAGCGCGCACGAAGUGCAGCAGAGAAGGAGAACGAUCCGAUGAUGCGUACGGGAGGGCAACUCCGUCGUCAGUAUUCGCAACAAGAUGUACCUCCAAGGCGGAUGUCUCAGUCCGACAGUGGGGUGGAUAUUUCAACCGGGCCACAUCAAACAAGAUUACCCAUACCGCGUAUGCAUUCUCAGGCUAUGCAACAGCAAAGUCCGUACGGUCAGUAUGCACAACAUCCGGGUCUUCCGCAACCACCGGUACAAACGACACCGUACGGACGGCCCCAGGCGCACAUGAAUACCCAAUUACAUACCACGCGUUCCACCGGCAAUGUAGGAAUAGGUGGGUAUGGCCAAGACGAUCCAAGUUAUUACCAGGGUGAAAUCGAAGACCUUAUGCGGGCCCAUCCACACUUGGUGCAUCCUAGACAGCAGCAGCACUAUGCUGAGUCGAUGCAGUCUGCGGCUCCGAGCUACGGUAGCGGAAGCAGCAGCGGUAUUGUGCUGUCGGCUGAGCCCAUAAAAAAGCACAAACGCCCAAUGGGUGGACCCUACCUUCCACAGCAGCGAUCUUUCAGCAGUUCCGAUGAAGACAUCCGAUCAACACCGGAGUACGAAGCCGGGCAUCAAAGACAGUAUUUUGAUAAUCACUCUCGACUGAACCCAAGCCUAACUGAUUAUCGAACGAGAAAGCUGGAUGUCCAACAAAGAAAUAACUAUAAUCGAACCAACCACAAUCGGUACCAAAGCCAGCAGACGCACUUGCAUAGUCAGCAGCCGCUACCGCAGGUAGUGGUUGCCGAUAGCACCAUUACUUCUUCGGCGUACGAUAACAAUAAUCACCACCACAGUAGUAGUCAUCAUCACCAUACUCACCAGCCAGUGCCGCAAACCAAUCAAGUUCAUAAUAGCCAAUAUCAGUAUAUACAACAGAACAGUCGGUAUAACGCUAGCACUGCUGGCAGUGACCAGCCGGACCCAUAUUGGGAUGAUCCGGCCGAUAGCAGACGGUUUACCGAGCGAAGAAAGAAAACGGUGAGGUUCGAUGGGCAAGAAUCCGAUGAUUGGGGACGAUGGGAAUCGGAACGUCAGGGCAGCCAGGAUUCAGCCACUAAGGACUCUGGAAUCGACACUAGCAGCACAUUCACUAGUAGUGAAGACUCAAACCGAGGCGAUGGUCCCAAGAAUCCAGUUAGUUGGCAAGUGUCAGCAGAUGGCAGUCGUAUGACUAGUCAUAUGGUACUGCAAAGAAAUAUUGACGGCGAAGACGUUUUAGGACUCAAAGUACGAGGUGGUCAGGUACUACCGAACGACGCAACGAUCGUUGAACAAGUACAGCGCGGUUCGAUUGCAGAUCAGGAAGGACACAUUAGGCCAGAGAGCUACGAGCGCCGUGAUAAACCGAGCGUUCUAGUAACGUCACCGGGCUCACCGGAUUUGCAUAGCGUUCGAAAUUAUUCCACCAAUAUUCGCUAUCCGAACAGAUUGACACCGGCAGCGACAGUUGUACCACAGGAAAACAGCGUCGGUGGGCGGGUUCAGAUAAAAUUAGGCUUCGAACCGAGUUCCUUGCAGCUGAUCGUGACCAUUGUGUGCGCCGCUGGACUAGUAUCCAGGCUGAAUGGCGCGGCACGAAAUCCAUACGCCAAAAUUUGCUUGCUUCCUGAUCGAAGUGAGAAAUCCAAACGGCGAACGAAAACACUAGCUUUAACAAACGAUCCUCGCUGGGGCCAAACUUUCGUGUACGAAGGCUUGCGAAGAGCUGAUCUUCAGAAUCGUCUUUUCGAGGUUACAUUAUGGGACUACGUCCGUUACGGGGCAAAUGACUUUUUGGGAGAAGUGAUAAUCGAUUUGGCCACGCAUCCGUUGGACGAUGAACCAGAAUGGUACAUACUGCAGCCGCACCAGGAGUCCAUACGAGAAACUUUGCGUAGAGACGAUAGAGAACCAGGCAACGAAUUGGAUAUGAUUUUAACCCCGACCGAUCAUUUAUCGCCACCGAGCACCACUUCAAGGUUGAGUGACUCAGACACGACUUCCGAAUGCGAUAUAGAUGGUCUGAUGACUGGACGUGACGGCGCUAGCGUAUCAUCACUAGGAAGUUCAUCAAGUCCUCCACCAGAGGUCGAUCUACAGGAGCGAAGGUCACGCCGUGAUAUGUCGCCACAAGGCCGAAAGCGUGCGGCUGGUAUGGUAGCAAAGGAUUAUCGAACAGUGUCCGGUGUCGGACAAGGUUUUCACAAUCAAAUGAGUAAUGAGACAUCAUCUUCCUACCGGCGGAACGGGACGAUGGCACUGAAUCAACGGAGUCAGUCUGCGGCACCAAGCGAAAACUAUCGGGACGAUCGUCGGGGUUCGCUAUCACCACAAGAUGAUAGAUAUACCGAAUAUCCAGUUCUUCCAUUACACCAGUAUGCGCCAAGAUUUCAAUCGCGGUCUGCUACAGCGACACCAACUGGUUCCCCGAAGAAACGACAAUUACCACAAGUACCUCACGUGUCACGAAAUGCGGCAAUGCGAGAGCGAUUUAUACAGGACUUUGAGGAGCGCAGUGGGGGACGUUAUGCUCGGCACCGGGGUCGUCAGGGCCACCAUCAACCAACUUACAGAAGUACGGGAAUGGGAGGAUGGGAGCGUCAUUAUUCAGGACUUUCUGACAGCGAUCUAACGACACACUCAUUAGAAAGUAGAAUUAGACCUAGAAACUCGUUAUCUCCGGAUAAAGAUUUCAUGGGUGAUUUUGGCGACUCCGACAUGGAGUCGGUAGUUAGUGUUUCUUCAAGUGCUUUUUCAACUCAAUCGGAACGACCACGUGGAUCAAAAGGGUUAAGGAGUUUCCGUGAUAGGCGUCGUCAGUAUCGAAAUCUUCCGCCGGGUUGGGCAACCACUUCUUUGUGUGCACUUCCAAGUGAAAGCCCGUUGGAACCAACUGAAAGCAAGAAGCAAUUUACCUCUAAACUUCCUGAACUUCCUCAGUCUAAAGUUAUGCUUCCAAAACCCGAUGUAGUUUCCAGUGCUAAUAUAUCAUUAUCAAGUGAUUCAGCUUCUUGUAUUCCCAAGGUUGCUAAAAACGAAAACACAUUCAGCCCUUCUCUCAAAACUAUCAAAUCCCUUCCUGAAAUCCUAAAAACUAAAUACUUUAGCGAACAAUGUAUCACAAUUCAACCCGAGCCGAGUACUAUUCAAAGCUUCGUAAAAAAACCCGGUAGUACCAACGCCAUGACAACGUCCUUAAACCUUUCGAACACUUCAGCACUCGAAGCUCCGUCACUUGGAUUCAAAACACAAUCGGUUCCAUACUUUGACAAUCAAAUGUCUACAUCCUUACAAGAGGAUGCGUUCUAUGAUAGUCCAACUUUACACGAACAAACCAGAUUCCGGCGUCCACAGCGGAUCGCACGAUCAAAUACUUCGGAGCCAUGUCUCACUACGAUAGAUGCAGUGCGUCAAAUGCAUAGAAACAAAAUACGAAAUCAAUCAAUUUCUAUAUCCAAUCGUUCGAUACCACACGAGAACAACAUCAAUCCUUCUUCCACUAGUCAAAUUGUGCUCAAGUCUGCGUUCUCAGAUUAUAAUGUACCAGGCAGCAUAACUUACGAGCAGAACAACUCUCAACCCGGUAAUGUUUGCAUUUCCAAUGUUUAUGGUCCGAAUGCGGCGAUCACAUGUAUUCGAAGCAGCACGGAAAACUUGGGUGAAAGCAAUAUUCUCUAUGCCAGUUCACAGACCGGUACAGUGUGCGAAAUUGCGGCACCAGAUAUGCAGUUCCGAUCGUCAAUUGGAAAUCCAACUGACUUCAAAUCUCUUUUUCCAAGUUCUACGUUGGUUUCCAUGUUGGCACCGAGCUUGGUUGAACCAAUUAUCGACGAGUACGACGUUAGCGAAUUGGAAACCGAUCCUGAAAUGAUAUUGAAGAACCCAGCAGAGAUAUUGAAGUCGCCUAGUGAGCCUCCCUUUUACGGGCGAACCGAAAUAGGUUUCAAGGAUCCAUACCCUGGUAGUUCACCGUCAAGAACGAAACACAGACUGGGACGAUCGCACUCGUUGGUUACGAGGGAUCAUAUUAUCGAUAUUGAUUAUGACUCGGACACUGGGUACAAGACUCGAAGUGUGCUCAAGAAUGUAAUCACGAGCAGAGCAGCUGAGAAAGGUUAUCGUAAAAGAACCAAAUCAAUGAACUUCGAUGAUCACCGGGACUGUAACUAUACUGCGUUUGGCUCAAAAUCCAGCCUGGACAAAUGCAAUAUGACAUUGGAUAUUGUUAAAAAUUUGGACGAAAUGAGUGAUACAGAGUACGAACAGUUCGCACAUAUCAGAAACAAGAAACAUUCUAAUAACUCUCAUGUGAGCAAGUCCAACCAAAGUAGUGAAAAAUCAGUACCUGGAAAGAGCAGGAAUGCGAGAAGUGAGAAGCUCAAAUCUAAAGAUGUUGAUUCAGCUAGUGACGAGUCGAAGCCCGGAAAAACGGUUGUGAAUAAAAUGAAAACUGAAAGUAGUGUUUUAUAUAGCAGUAACGAAUCAAUCAAAUCAAUCAUUGAAGAAGUUCGCCAGGAUCUUUUGGGUAGGCCAACAAACCGGCGAUAUUUAGGUGACGAAAGUCCAACCACGGUUUUAACUCGAAGCCGUUCGUCUAGUGAUGGAGAGUUGAAUCGUUUGGGUGAAAAGAAUUAUAGAAAUGAGAGUUUUAGACAACACCCAUCAAUGCACAGAAUGGAUAGCUAUGAAAAAGAAGAGGCGAGUAACGAACGACCUCGUGGUAGGAGAAGGGAUGAUGUUGCUCGUAAAAGAGACUUCUAUUCUUCUGAUCAUCGACUCGGGCGCGGUUCAAAGUUGACGCAUUGCAGAGAUACGUAUUGUACUGACUUCGAAGACGAAGCCUCCGAUAAUGACGUGUUCGAAAGUUCAUUUUCCAGAAGAAAAAAUUCAUCAUUCGACGAGAAAAAACACGGUAUGGGUAGAUCUCGGUUGCAUAGCCGGUAUGCUAGCAGCUUAGAAGAUGUUAAUCAUUUUCUGUCCGAUAAGCAACAUGAUAAUUGUGAUACCACUAGGCACAGCUCAGUUAGUAUUAACGAAAAGCCUGAAUAUUUCGAAUAUAGCAAAUCCCCUUCAUCUUCACAAUCCCGAUCUAGUAGUAGUAUUAACGCUAAUAACACAUCUGCUAUUUCCACAUCCUCUAAUGGCAUUGCCUUGCUGCAAACCGAACCAAAACGGACUUCGUUGAAACAUCGCCCGGCUGAUACGUCGUCCUCAACGAAAUCCUUACAAACUAAUGACCCCGGUAACAGUGAUUAUGAUGUGAGAGAUCGAGGUCGAUACGGGCACAACGGAGGACGAGAUGCGUAUCGACGGCGUGAUCGCGAUCGUAACAGUAGUGAUCAUGAGCGGGACCGUGAUCUGAGUGACCGAGAACAACGCGAAACCCGGGAGCGUACCGAUUUGGAUCGAAGUCUUUCUAACAAUGAGGGUACACCCGAGGAUAAAAUAGAUUUCGCCAACUAUUCCGCAGACGGUAGCCUAAGUGAUACAGCCGUGAUACAGAGUCUGGACUCGCGGCGCAAACUGGAUCAACGAUCGCCCAAGAGUGAAACCCCAACGAGGGACCGCGAACGCUUUGGAGCCGGUAUGGGAAAGAAAAGUAACUCCACUUCGCAAUUGUCGGCAACAGACCAAGGAAUAUCGCCAUCAUCCUCGUCGUCCACAUCACAACGCAAGCGGUCUUCAGCCGGCUCGAUCCAACGAUCGGUCGAGGUGACACCGAUUCCAUCACAGUCGUCGGCCUAUGGCGCCGGAAGUUUACAUUCAAUCUCUAGCUCCGAGGGCUCCUCGUGGUCACCAUUGCUUCGGGUGGCCGGUGAUACGGGACCUUUAUCGGACUUCAUCGAGGGCUUGGGACCAGGACAACUCGUUGGACGCCAGGUACUGGGUGCUCCUGCCUUAGGUGAUAUUCAACUUUCUAUGUGCUAUCAAAAGGGUUCCUUAGAAGUUGAAGUGAUAAGAGCGAGAGGAUUGCAGGCACGUCCUGGCUCAAAAGUACUUCCAGCGCCUUAUGUUAAAGUGUAUUUAGUUUCCGGUAAAAAAUGUAUAGAAAAAGCUAAAACAACGACUGCUAGGAAAACGUUAGAUCCAUUAUAUCAACAACAAUUAGUUUUUAGAGAACCAUUUGCUGGCUGCAUACUACAGGUGACGGUGUGGGGUGACUACGGGCGAAUGGAGGGCAAAAAAGUGUUCAUGGGUGUAGCUCAAAUAAUGCUGGACAACCUAAACUUAUCACACAUAGUCAUCGGAUGGUACAAACUGUUUGGAACCACAUCACUGGUCAGUGGACCACCUAGUUUGGGUCUAUCUAGGCGAUCCUCAAUUGCAUCACUCGAUUCACUUAAGCUUAAUAAUAACCUCGAAAAACCUCAAAAUGAUUUUCAUCGGCGUACCUACUUUCUGGUUUACAAGAUCCGUAUCCUUGUUUUAAGUAAACUCCAAACCGCGUUAGUUAGUUCUAAGAAGCCAACAACAGACCGUAACUGCAAAAUGUUCCAGUAUAGGAGACUAGAGUAAAACAUUACUAUAAAAAAAUUCAGUGAAGGAAAGAAACAAAAACCAAAAAAAAUCAUCAACCAACACAGACACACACACAGGAAAACGAAGAGCGAGAGCAAUUUUCAGAUUCUGAUUCGCGUAUUUAUCAGUAAAACGUACAUCUAAGGCAAAAUGAAACUCAAAUCUGUGAAUUUAUUAAAAAUAAUAUAUAAAGCAGUAAUGAUACAAUUCAUAAAUUAACUUGCAGCAUCAGAAAUUUCACGACAAGGAAAGUCACAACUACUUUGUAAAAAAUGAAACAAAUAAUCAAGCCUUCCAUUAUAUUUAUGAAACAAGGAACGUUUAAUUAUUAUUAAUCAAUUUAUUGAAACAAAACUCUUGACAUUGUAAAUGCACAUGCUCCUACAAAUACGUCAUUCUUACUCAUUUUAUUCAAGUUCCAACAAAACAAAUAUAACGAAAGAAAUACGUUCACUCAAAAAUAAUUUUCGCCAAAUUAACACGCAUUUCAUGUAAUUUUCUCUUACCUAUUUCCCAUUAAUCUCAUAAGUCUAGAAUUCAAGCAAAAGAAAAAUCGAAAGCCAUCAAGUAUAGCUGGUGGUAUAGGACAGGAAAAAAAAACAGAACUUUUUCACGAACAAGAUGCAAGCAAACUCAUGAGCAAGCAAAUUUGUAAAUCUAUUACGACAGCUAACCGAGAAGAGAAAAAAAAACUGUAAAUAAUACUUAUAUCUAUAGAUCAAAUCAAACAAAAUGAGAGACGAAAAACAAAUAAAGCAAACAACAAAAAAAAAAAAAGAGAACAAAACCACUCAUUAACUCAUUUAUCGAAAAGAGGGGAAAACAAAAUUGAAAAAUCGAUACACAUGAUUUUUGCCUUAGACUCCUACCAAAAACUAAAAUAAAAUCUCUAGGGAAGAGUGUAUGAGAGAAAUGCCAGAGUAGUCAGAAGCAAAAACUGGGUUAAAUUUAUCACACACGAAUGCUCUAAUGUAUUUACCCUCGGGAUUUAUCCUACGAUUAAUUCUAAAAAAUCAUCAUAGCUUUUCACCAAGUAUGCACGAAACCUUUGUUUUGAUUUUCACUUCAUUGUGUUAUCGACCUUCACUUGGAAGGUUUCUAUGCAUUAUAGAAACAAAAUGCUUCAAAAAGUAAUUUAGUAGGAAAAAAAAUUUAAAUUUCAAGUUUCAAAAUUGCUUCUAUCUAAAAAAUACUUCUGAUGAAUUUCGAAAGGUUGAUUUCUAGUUGAACUCAUUGAAAUGAUUUUUUUCUCAAAUAUAUUCAAUCUAAUUUACACUUGAAACAUUAAUUUGAAUCUCGAUCGAGUAACUCCUUGACACAUCUCAAGAUCCUAGCAACAACUGGAACUUUAUCGAACUGCGAUCGGGGGCGAAAUGGCAUUUCACAAAUGACGAAAACGAACAACUUUAAAGUAAAAAUAUUUAUCUUUAAACAAAACACAAGCCAAAACCAUAUCUUUAAUAUAAGAAAUCUUUAACGAUUAAUUUACAUAAAUAAAUUGAAAAAUAGCAACACAACUUAAACGUAAUCAACAAUAAUUUCAGUAAUUACUUAAACGAAAGCUUAUUGGGAAUUGAGACAGAACUUUUAUUAUCGACCAGCGCAUACGCUCUAGAAGGGUUUCGAUGAAAUGUGGACGUUUUCUGUACCAAAACUUGCGGACUCUGUACGAAACACAGUCAUCGCGUUGUCAAUAGGAAAAUUAUAACGAAAAGUGAAAUAAGAUUCACUCUAAAAUGGAACAAAUUAUUGACAGGGCAUCGCCAGGAAAUUACUUUUUGUUGGACAGAUUUUCAACACACGGUUACAGCUUGCACGGUAACAUUUACAGUAUCAGCACAGAUCAUAUCACAACGAUAUAAAAAAAGGAACUCGUUUUGACUUCAAUCAAACAUGACAUUGAAGACGAACCAUAUUAAGUAUUUACUUUGGACAUUUGACAAUCGAAGGCUUAAAAUAGGAGCGUAUUUUAAUUACUAAAAAAAAUUGUGGUUUGGUUUGGACUUCUCGUGUGUGUAUCAAAACAACGAAGGUUUGAUAAUUGCUUCUCAAAUAAAUUUAAUUUGACAACAAUUUGUUAACAAAUCAGAAUCCUUACAAACUGCUUACUUCUGUAAUGGAAACAUUUGUGCGCAUUUUGGAUCCGUCCGUUGAUUCUCGCAAAUUGUUACGACACAAAGUUUUGCUUUAUUUUCAAGUUUAAGAUAAAAUUCGCCACUUAACAUAGUCUAACUUGUUUCAGCACUUUUCAGAUGCGGCGCCCAUUUCGCUUUGAAUGUAUAGCUCUAUUGUUAUUAACCUUAAUUUCUAUCGAAGAUUUCAUUAGAAUUACAACUAGGGAGGAAUGUAUGCUUGUUAUGGAGUUGACAGAAAAAAAACUGAAACCAAAUGCAUUGGUAAUAAAGAAGAGAACAUUCAAAAUAUACGGAUAACUAAUGGCCUAUUGAUUGUAGAUAAUUUAGUUUCUGAACCUUGACGAGAUAUAAUUUCGCAGAAUCGGUUGAGAAAACACUGCGGAAAAGGAAAGUGAGAAGAAUGAUUAUUGGAUUGCUCUCACCAAGUAAAACCCUUUGACGUUUCUUGUCACUCUUCUGUAUCUCGCACACAUUAACCAAUAACAUUUCACUUCACAACCAGCAAAAGUUGUUAAAUGACUAUCAAACUUAGAUUCGACUGCAAAUCAGCUCCAGUUUCUACGCAUGUACGGAGCGACUAUUUACUCGUUGAACAUGUCAAACAUCUGAAAUGCUGUACACUUUUAGGAUUGUUACUUAAAUCAAACGAAAACCUACUAACCGGGUGAAGAGCGUGGGGAGAAUGUUCAGGUGGGAACUCAGUGAGAAUAUUUGUAUAAAUUGGAAACGAUAAAUUUUAUUUAUUUCAUAAGGGAUACGUAUUAACUAAGCAACUAUUCAACCGCAAUGGUAAUCCAGACAAAAGCAAGAAUGGGGACAGUAAACCAAAAUAUAUUAAUUUAAUAGAAUUAAUUUAUAUACAUACGAAAAUGAUCAGAACGAUUGAAGUAAUGCGCGACUACAAAAAAAUUCAAACUAGAGUCGAAAGGAGGCGUCAAACAAAAAGAAAAAAAAUAAAACAAAAAUGGACAUAAUUUAAGAGAAUAUUGUAAAUUAAAAUUUCUAUUAUUAUUAAACCAUAUAUAAAUAUACUGAAAAUAUAUAUUAAAAAUGUAUCCCCUCUCGGCUAAGGAAAUGUCGAGAAACGACAAUAAAACUGUGAAAAUUGAAAAACGAAA